AUUUACAAGACGACGAAACACAACAGAUGGAGGCACACGAACGGCAAACGUGGUACUUUUCCAUUUUACUCGCAUUCUGUUUUCACAAAAUCCUAUGUACUCGUGCCAAUCGUUUGCAUUGUCAUAUUGGCGCAAAUUUCCACUACUUCAGGUCGAACAUUACACGGAAGAAAACGAAUUCUACACUCAUUAGAGAAUCGCCUGCAACAUCACAAACAAUUAAUGCAGAACGAACGUGAUGAUUUAUCGCCUAUACUACAUAGUCUACAACCGCAACGUCGUCAUCACUUGAAUGUGCGUUCGCCCAGCCAGUGCCCAGAAGAACGUAUGAAAGCAGCUCUAGAAAGUAUACGAAAUCAAGCGCUUAACUCGCACAGCACGCUUAUGGGGGAUAUUGAUGGAUUUACUAAAGUUCGUUUUGCUCAAACUAAAGAGAAUACCUUCAAAAACUGGAGCAGACAUAGUCUAAGCUUAGAUCAUCGAUAUAAUACAUCGGUCACCCGUAAAAUUGGAUUGGAUAAACAAACAUGUAACAAUAUGAGUUUACCACAAAAAACAAUGGAUGAAAAAUUGCGCGAAAUUGCUGACAUAUGUAGAACAUUCAAAAUCUUGCAAAGCGUACUCAAAGAAACUGUAAACGAGAAAAACAAGAAGGAAUGGCAAGAUACAUAUAAUAAAGAAUAUCAUGUUAUAAUCGACUUUUUGAACAGCACAUCCAAUGAGCUCGCGAUUAAUAUAAAUGCUGCACACGGUGCAUACAAUAGUACAAAAAACUGCACUACAAUAAAUUUUGAUCACCUUAUUAGCGAUACCAUCAUACCCAAUUACAACAGAAACGCCCAGGUGAGAGAAUGGUUGAUAGUUGUGGAAAUCAUAAGCUUCUUCCAAUUUGUAAUAACCACACUCAAUGAAAUGAUUUGCAAGUAAUGUAUAGAAAUGCAACAAAAAAAAAACAAAAACAAAACAAACAAAUUAUGUACUUAUGUACAUAUGUAUGUAUGUAUAUGCCUAAGAGGCCGUCACACCGAUUCAUUAACAAUAUGUAAAGGAAUACAUAAACCAGUAAGCAAUGAGGCGGAAUAAUGUUUUUCAUACAGAUUUACAAAAGAAUUUCAGUG